AUGAUACCCAAUCCUUUCCCUCGCGUUCUCCUCAUCUCUUUCUUCCUCGCCACUCUUUCCCUGGCCUUCAACCCGGGCUCCAAGCGGGGCCAUCUCAACCGAAGAAGCCCCGAGCCAUUCCCAUUAUCUGCCACAGAACAGCAAACAACAUCCUCCACUCCAUCUUUCACCGAUUUCUCCAGCCGUCCCGAUCUGUCCACCGGUUUUCGUCGAUCUUCUAGCUUGCCGAACAAUUUCUCCCCAUUGUCAAGCUACAAAUCCGCCCUUGACACCGCAGAUUGGUCAGCUGGCUCUCCAGCACCUAGUUCACAUGGAAGUGAUGGUGCGUUUGGACCGUCUAGCUAUCCUUCCGUUUCCACAACUCCUUCUGACCGCCCGAGGACGAGGUCGGGGAAGCCUAAGUUAGCUGAUCUCCUAAGUCCUAACGCUAGAGAUGAACAAUCUCUUCCGGCUGAUGUGCCUGAGGCCGAGAUUAAAGAGACGUAUCCCUCCGAUCAAAACUUGGCGCCGAUAUCGAGGCAAAAGGUUAGGUGGUCGAAUUUAAAACCUUCUGCAAUUACGUUUUCGUCGAGACUCGCAAAGGUGAAAUCGGAAAAUGGUAAUCCAGACAGUUUCUUCAAAAAUGUUCCGGAAAGGUGGCCGACGAGGCUAAGGACGAAGCUUAACUGGUGGACGGCGAUGGCGAGGCCUGUAGGCCCUAACCAGCAGCAGAUGGAUCAGAAUCCUGUAGCUGGUAGACGGAAUAGAUUGGGUGAUAGGGUUGGAAGUGCUUGGGGUAGGAUGAAAACUGCUAGCAGCAACAUUGGAGAAAAUGUGAGGGGGUUGUUUAAGGGAGGUAAUCCUUCAGCUGCUGUUAGUGAUGCUAGGCAAGAGGCAGGGAAAGGGAAAAACAUCGCUCUUGCCGCCGAGCCUCUUCCCAGCGGAGCCCUCGACAAAUAUCUCACCAACCCCGCCAACUCACACAUAAAAGAAGCCAUCUCCCAACUACCCCAAACGACAGACGCAUAUCAACUCGUCUCAUACUCCGACCCAACCGCACCCGGCGGAGCACAAGUUUACCGGUUCUACAACAAACCCAAUCAUGAUGUGUACAGGGAAAGUGUUGGCUAUGUUCCACCCAUAUUGCACGAUGCGAAGAAGGCAGAGGCCGAGAUUAAAGAGACGUAUCCCUCCGAUCAAAACUUGGCGCCGAUAUCGAGGCAAAAGGUUAGGUGGUCGAAUUUAAAACCUUCUGCAAUUACGUUUUCGUCGAGACUCGCAAAGGUGAAAGAUAGCAUCUCGUCACGCUUCGCUCCUGUCCAGGAAAAGAUGAGAAUUCAUCUGGCGGACCUUAAAGACCAUAUCGCAAUAGCCAAAAACCCCAGAAUAGUAAACUACUACACCACCGGUGGCAAACCAGCCGUCCACGAAUUCGGUGAGACCGCAUCAGAUAGAACAAUCCCAUACCAAGCUCGGGAUGCAGCGCAGACUUUUGGAGAAGCAAGGGUAUUUUACGAUCCAAAGAAUUACAAGAAUCAAGUGCGGGUGGUGUAUACCGGUCAAUCCCCUGGUGGAGGCCUUGCUCCACCAGAGAUGUUCGGAACGUCCGUGGUUCCCGAGAAUAAAGCUCUGCCGUGGCCGAAAGCUUGGAGGCCGGAGGGAGUGCGGGAUACGAUGUCGACGUUUGGAGUUGCUCAUGAAGGCACUUUCUUGUACAGAGUUCCGGAAAGGUGGCCGACGAGGCUGAGGACGAAGGUUAACCAGUUGCCGACGAGGGUAAGGACGGAGGUUAAGCAGUGGCCGACGAGGGUAAGGACGGAGGUUAAGCAGUGGCCGACGAAGGUAAGGACGGAGGUUAAGCAGUGGCCGACGAGGGUAAGGACGGAGGUUAAGCAGUGGCCGACGAAGGUAAGGACGGAGGUUAAGCAGUGGCCGACGAGGGUAAGGACGGAGGUUAACCGGUUGAAGGCGUUGGCGAGGCCUGUAGGCCCUAACCAGCAGCGGAUGGAUCAGCAACCUGUAGCUGGUAAAUGGAAUAGAUUGGGUGAUAGGAUUGGAAAUGCUUGGGGUAGGAUGAAAAUUGCUGGCAGCAACAUUGGAGAAAAUGUGAGGGGGUUGUUUAAGGGAGGUAAUCCUUCAGCUGCUGUUAGUAGUGCUAGGGAAGUUGCGAGGCCUAUUCGACGUUGA